AUCUCCAUCUCCCGGUCGUUCGUCAUCUCCAGGCGACCGCAGAGCUUCAGUUCGCGCCAAGCGGCUGAAAGAUUUAGUUGCUUUCCUGACAGAUAACCUGAAUUAAAAACCGCGAGAAAACGUCGUCAUAAUGGACAUCAGGCGGUUCUUUGCACCGACUGCAGCGAAGCAUGUGGUGCAGAAACCAGCCCCGAAUGGAAACCUGAAAGCAGAGGAGAAGAAGAAGAAGAAGUCUCUGUCUUCAGAGGAGGAGGAGGUGAAACAGAAAAAGAAAGAGACCACCAAGGUCAGAAGCUCCAAAACAGAGGAGAAACGCAAGGAUGGUGAAAAAAAACGCAAGAAACAUGCAGUCAUAGUGUCAGACUCAGAGGAGGAGGAGCCAGUGGUGAAGUUAAAGAAAUCCCCCAAAGACAAAUCUCCAAAAGGGAAACAGAAGACCAGCAAGGCCACGCCGCCUCCCAAAAACGAUCCAGUGCAUUAUGUCUCUGAAACAGACUCAGACAGUGACAACUUUCAGUCUUUGAAGAAGGUUUCCAAAACCAAGCAGAACAACACGUCCAAACAGACAAAGUCAGGUGCAGACAGUGGUCGUCCGGGGGCCAAAGAGAAGGUGAAGUCUCCUGUGAGACCCUCCUCUGCGCAGGGGAAAACUGGGGUGAAGUCUCCUCCUGCACCCGUCACUCCUAAGUCAGCCCCGCCUCCUCAGACCAAACAAACCCCCACCUCGGUGCUCGACUACUUCGGCAGCGGGACUGUUCAGCGCUCAGACAAGAAGCUGGUAGCCAGCACCAAACGAAAGGCUCCAACUCAGGACACAGAUGAUCUGAUCAGUGAUGAGGAACUGGCCAGGCAGCUGCAGAUGGAGGAGGACAUGGAGCUGGAAAAGCAGGUCCAUGAUGAUGAGGAGUUUGCCAGAACACUGGCCAUGGUGGAUGCAGAGCCACAGGCAAAGAAGGCUCGUAAAGGCUCUGAUGAAAAACAAGCCCCUGCCGCCAUUCCCAAAAAGAGCCGCACGGACUCCGCUGCGCAGCACCAGCAGCCGUCGAAGACCAACCGGAGCGUGUCGGAGGACGUGAUCAGUCCGUCUCCGAAGAAGAACCCCACCCCUGCCAAAGCCAGCUCCAAACUGGCCUUGAUGAAGAAAAAGGAUGAGGAGAAGGACGUAGGGCCGAAGAGCAAGACCCCCAUUUCACCCACAAAAAUUAAAACCUCUCCCAGAAAGGAGCCCCUCACUUCAUCGAGCUCAGAGAUGAAGUUCACGCCCAAAACAGGAACAACGCCCACUGCACUUAAAACGUCUCCCAAGAAACCAGAGAGCACAAGCACGAGUCCCGACGACGCUGAGAAGAAGAAAGUCAAUGCCUCGGCUUACAGGAACUACCUCAACCGAGACGGACCACGAGCCCUGGGCUCCAAGGAAAUCCCCACGGGAGCAGAGAACUGUUUGGAGGGCUGUGUGUUUGUGUUGACGGGGGUCCUCGAGUCAAUGGAGAGAGAUGACGCCAAAUCCCUCAUCGAGCGCUAUGGAGGCAAGGUGACGGGUAACGUCAGCAAAAAGACCACCUACCUGGUGCAGGGCAGGGACAGCGGAGUCUCCAAGCUCGAGAAGGCGGAAAGUUUAGGUACAAAGGUCCUGGAUGAGGACGGUCUGUUGGAGCUGAUCAGAACCAAACCAGGAAAGAAGUCCAAGUAUGAGAUUGUUGCAGAGGCAGAGAGCAAAGCCUCAAAGACCAAGACUCCCCCUGGCUCAAAAAGCACCCCCAAAGCCCAGAAGAUCUCUCCCUCUAAGGGUAACUCCAGGUCCCCUCACACCCCGAGCCCGUCAAAGACCGGCCUGGCACAAGGUUGCGGUGGCAGGACCGGAGGUGGCGGCACUCCGUCUGGGAGAGGUUCAGGUCACACGGCUCGGAGGGACCUGGGUCUUUCCUCCUCCUCCUCCUCCCCUGCCUGUUCAUCUUCAGCUCCAGGACCGUCAUCCCCAUCAGCGACCGAGGAGGGCGCCAGUCUGCUGUGGGUGGACAAGUACCGCCCGCGCUCUCUGAAGACUGUGAUUGGCCAGCAGGGGGAUCAGAGCUGUGCCAAUAAGCUGCUGCGCUGGCUGCAGAACUGGUACAAAAACCACAGCGCUACUGCCUCCAAGCCACCACCAGCACGGUUUGGUAAGUUUGGAGGAGGGAAAGACGACGGCUCUGGAUAUAAAGCCGCUCUGCUCUCUGGACCUCCGGGGGUGGGGAAGACCACCACUGCUGCCCUGGUCUGCGAGGAGCUGGGCUUCAGCUACGUGGAGAUGAACGCCAGCUGUACUCGCAGCAAAAACAGCCUGAAGGAAGUCGUCGCAGAGUCGCUCAACAACACCAGCAUCGAGAACUUCUACAAAGGCACGUCUCAGACGGUGAGCAGUAAACACGUCCUGAUCAUGGAUGAGGUCGAUGGCAUGGCUGGCAACGAGGACAGAGGAGGAAUCCAGGAGAUGAUCGGCCUGAUCAGAAGUUCAAAGAUUCCCAUCAUCUGCAUGUGCAACGAUCGCAACCACCCAAAGAUCAGGUCACUGGCCAACUACUGUUUCGAUCUGCGCUUCCAGAGGCCACGAGUGGAACAGAUCAAGGGAGCCAUGAUGUCCAUUGCUUUCAAGGAAGGAAUCAAGAUCCCACCUCCAGCUCUUAAUGAAAUUAUCCUCGCUUCCAAUCAGGAUGUCCGACAGGUGAUCCACAACCUGAGCAUGUGGUCGGCUAAAAACAAGGUGAUGUCGUACGACCAGUGCAAGUCUGACGCAGCCAGCGCUCGCAAGGACAUGAAACUGGGGCCGUUUGACGUCUGCAGGAAGGUGUUUGCUUUGGGGGAGGAGGCGGCCCACAUGAGCCUCAUCGACAAGUCCGACCUGUUCUUUCACGACUACUCGCUGGCACCGCUCUUUGUCCAAGAGAACUACCCGCAUGUCCGUCCAGCUGCUGCCAAUGGAGACCUGAAGUCCCACCUGGUGCUGCUCAGCAAAACAGCAGACUCCAUCUCUGAUGGAGACCUGGUGGACAGACGGAUCCGCUCUGGGCAGAACUGGUCACUGCUGCCUACCCAGGCCAUCUACGCCAGCGUGUUACCAGGCGAGCUCAUGAGAGGCUACAUGAGUCAGUUUCCCACAUUCCCCAGCUGGCUCGGCAAGAACUCCUCAACCAACAAACAUUCCCGUAUCGUUCAGGAGCUGGCCUCACACAUGAGUUUAAAGACGUUGAGCAGCAGACAGGCAGUGAACCUGGACUACCUGCACUACCUGCGGCAGGCGGUGCUGAGUCCUCUUCAGAGGCACGGAGCCGAGGGUGCCGGCGAAGCUGUGCAGCUGCUGGACGACUAUCAGCUCAUCAAGGAGGACGUGGACAGCAUCAUGGAGAUCAGCGUCUGGGGCGGACAGCCCGACCCCUACUCCAAACUGGACUCUAAGGUGAAGGCAGCUUUCACACGAGCGUACAACAAAGAAGUUCACCUGACGCCGUACUCCCUGCAAGCUGUGAAGAAGGGCCGCCGUGGUGGAGGUGGCGGGGAGUCGGAGCUGGGUGGGGAGGACGUGGACAACGAAGUUCAGUCUGAGGACGAAGGGGACGGUCUGAAAGCUGAUGCUAUGAUCAAACAGAAGAAGGCCAAGCAGCCAAAGAAGGAGAAGACAGAAGAUUCUGGGAAGGGCAAAGGCAAGGGGAAAGGCAAAGCUAAGAAAUGACCAGAGGAGGAAAACAAACUGUCCUUGUCUGCCUCUGACUGCCCAAACAGACUGUAAUAUAAACGAUCCAGUGACGAGCAUCAGGAAGUGGUGAAACUGGCCUUAACCUCUGCAGGUAACUCAUCUGUCACUCAGCCAAACACUUGACUCUAACCACACUGGCUGAGAAACAUCUUCCUCUCGUUUCACUUCCUGUCAUGUUUCCAUCAGAGCGUUGCCAUCCUGAGCAAAUACUGCAUAUUAUCAUGUCUGCACACCUCCGUAGUAACAUGUCAUGCAUUUCCACUGUCAUGUAAUUCUGGCCCAUGUGUCGAGGCUGUAAAUAAUGUGACUGGUGUAAAAGACUGUUACCUUUUGCUACAACUACAGCUACAGCUUUGCUCUACAGUUAGCACUGAUGACCCUGUAAAUUUGAAUUUUGUAAAGAUUUCAUGAGGAUUAAUAGAGAAAUAUGCCACUAA